AUGAAGAAAGGUACGGACGCAACGACGAAAGCUGCCGUGGCUGCAGCGGCCGCCGCAGCCGCCAACCUGGUGGAAAAUGUGCCCGAUCUCUGGGCGCAGCAGGACUGGAUUAAGACCAUUCUCUCCAAGUCGGGGACGGAAAUUAAGGAGGUCCCGACGGAAGAUCUGUGCAAGAUGGUGUACUACUCUGGCCUUCCGUUGCUAAUGUCACAGCAGCAGCAACAACAAUCCGGUUCCGGUCCGGAUGGCUCACCGCAGCACCAGCAGCAGCACCAACUGAGCUACGGCGAGUCGAACGGCUCCGAUCACUAUCCACCAACGGCCCAUCAACAGUUGCAACAUCGGAAUGGCUACCAGCAGCCGCCGCCCCACACGAUCAACCUAAGCAAUGGGCUGACGAUCCAAAGCAAUCCGCAGGGAGGACCAGCAGGCCAUGUCGCAGGAGGUGGAGGCUCCCCUAACGGGCAGUUAACGAUCGUGCUGAGUCCACCUGCGUCGCAGGGACAACCAAACCCUGGCGGAUACUCGGCGCCGGUGUCUUCCCCACAUGGAGGCACCACCUCGACACCGGCCGCCGGGUCGAAGUUUCGCUGCGAGCAGUGCAACAUCAGCUUCGGCAGCAAAAGUGCCCACACGAGCCACAUGAAAUCUCACGCCAAGCAGCAGCUGGUAUCGGCGAAUGAGAAAGGUGGUGGUGGUGGUGGUAAAGGAGCGGUAGUGGAUGCUGCGACCCUAACGACCCUGACAGCCGGUGGCCAGCAGCAGCAGCAGCAGCAGCAAGCGCAAGGACAGCAGCCCGAUCCGUAUCAGUGCGACGUGUGCAAGAAGACGUUCGCCGUGCCGGCACGGCUGGUGCGCCACUAUCGCACGCACACCGGCGAGCGACCGUUCGAGUGCGAGUUCUGCCACAAGAUGUUCAGCGUGAAGGAGAACCUGCAGGUGCACCGGCGGAUCCACACCAAGGAGCGGCCGUACAAGUGCGACAUCUGCGGGCGGGCGUUCGAGCACAGCGGCAAGCUGCACCGGCACAUGCGCAUCCACACCGGCGAGCGUCCGCACAAGUGCAACGUCUGCGGCAAAACGUUCAUCCAGUCCGGCCAGCUGGUGAUCCACAUGCGCACCCAUACCGGUGAAAAACCGUACAAGUGCCCAGUGGAGGGCUGCGGCAAGGGGUUCACCUGCAGCAAGCAACUGAAGGUGCACUCGCGGACACACACGGGCGAGAAGCCGUACCAUUGUGAUAUCUGCUUCCGGGACUUCGGCUACAACCACGUGCUGAAGCUGCACCGGGUGCAGCACUAUGGGGCCAAGUGCUACAAGUGCACGAUCUGCGACGAGACGUUCAAGAGCAAGAAGGAGAUGGAGGCGCACAUCAAGGGCCAUGCGAACGAGCUGCCGGACGAGGAUGAGACUGAGGCGGCGGGUGGCGGGGGCGGGAAGGAGGACGAAACCGCAACGCCGUCGGUUCCGAGUGCGGUCGUCAUCGAGCCCGGUUCGGUGGCGGGCAGCAUCGAGGGUAGUGGUAGUAAUAGUAACAGCAGCAGCGCCUUCGAGUACUCCUCAAGCCAGAGUAACCUCGAGGGCGCGGAAAGUGCGUCCGGGGACGAGCGGGAACGGGUGGCGCUGGGUGGGCGACACUUUGCGGGUAUGAAGUUUGCCCAUCCGUCCGUCGCAGCCGCCGCCAGAGGGGCGCGUCGGAAUAACGCGGUCGUCGAGAACGAAGCGGAGGACGACGAUGACGACGAUGGUGAGGAGGAGGACGAGUACAUCGGAAUCAAUGAGUACGAAAGGCGUACCACACCACCCUACAUCGGGGUACCAACAGGAGGGGGAGGAGGAGGAGGUGGCGUAGAUCCGGCUCUCCUUGCUGCGGCUUCGAUUGCGGCUGCGGCCGAGAAUGGAAUCGUCGACUGCCGCCCGGCGGAGGUGAAACGAUCGAUAUCUCCGUGUCUUGUGCGGACGUCGGCUUCUUCGCUAUCCAUCACGCGGAUCACCCCACCACCCUCGAUUCCGGUGAUCGGGCCAUCAUCUUCACCACCUUCCUCUACUUCCUCGUCAUCAUCAUCAUCGUCGUUGUCGUCGUCGGCCACGGUAAUGACUGCGGCGGGUCCGCCAUCAUCAUCCUCGUCCACGUCUACCAUGAUCUCUUCUGCCGGUUUAAUGGAACCAGUCAAUGUAAAUAGGAAUGGCGGUGCCAGCUCCAAUCCUCCGACCCAGUACAUCUACGAACCGCUAUCCAUCAUGAAACAUCACGGAUACUUUGCCCCCGCCUCGCAAGUGACAGAGUUCCGAUCAUCCAGUGAUCUGGUGCGGCAGGUGGAGGCGGCGAUCGCCGGUACGGAAAAUCUGCUAACGCCACCCCGUUCCUCGCCCGAGUCGCCCGAUCGUUCCUCCUCACCCGAAUCCGAUUCAGUAUUAAUGGCCGAUCGGGACAACAACACGCUGCCACCGCGCAAGCGAAAGCUUUACUUCAAGGAUAGCCAACAGCAGCAGCCUCAACAACUGCCACCGCAUUCGGCACCGAAGAUGAUGGCUCCCUCCUUUGCCGGAAACAAUGGCCAACAGCAGGAGCAGCAGCAGCAGCAGCAGCAGCACCAGCAGGAACAUCGACAACCGGCGAAACAAUACGACUCCCUUAAUCAACCAUCACUACUUGCCGAAAGCGGACGGUUCGAGCAGCAGCAACAGCAGCAACUAUUCCACAAUCAGCGGCAUGAGUCGGAAUCAAACUAUCGUUUAACCCAACAACACUACCAUCAUCAUCAUCAUCAUCAACAGGAACAGCAGCAACCGAACUUUGCGGUUAAAUCGGAAAGUUUCGUUGCUGGUGGUGGCCGUGACGGUGGAACAAUCGUCGCUAGUCACGCUAAUGAGCGGGAUCAUCGUCAGUAUCCUUCUCCGCCACCACUGCAUCAACAACAACAACAACAACAACAACCAGUACCACCUCAGGCCUCCGUCAUUCGGAUGAGCUCCGUUAUCCAGUACGCGAACAAGUCAUCGUAG